CUUGAAACUAUAUUUUUGGGCAGGCAUGUCAACCACUCAACGAAGUGAAAGCAUGAACGCCUUCUUUGAUGGAUGGCGACGAGACAUCAAAAGAGCUUACACACAAGUGAAGAUUAACUACGAUGGUUGGAUCACAACCGUGGAACAACAAAGGUUUGAUAAGUUGUGUAAGACUUUUGAGACCCUUGCGAAUUCCAUUGCUGAUGAUGAAGAAAAGUGCAACAGUGUAAUGAUGUGGCUUCAACGGAAAUUGGAACAACAUGACCACCGUCUUUCUCAUUCUUCUAUAUGUGGUGUCAUGACACCAUUACCACAAUCCGGAACAAAUGUUGCUAAGG